GACACAAAGAUCUGUACAAGAACAUCAUGAUGGAGGAUCACCAGCCACCAAUUAAAGAAGAAAGAACAACUCCCAGUCCUCUUCUUCUACAUGAUGAGAGAUGUCCUAUUCCUCUUCUUCUACAGGAUGGUUCAGAAGAACAUCAAAGCAUUUCAUAUGAGGAUAUAGAUGGAAAUAAGUUUUUAAAUCUGGGUAAAGAUCUGACCAAUAUUAAGGCUGAAGAUACAUAUGUGAGGGGCGAUGAGCAGAUUAAAGAGGACAUUCCCACCGAUAACGACCCAGAUGACUGUACCAGGAGCUCAGACAAACAUUUGAUAUCGGAUUUUAGAACAGAUGAGUGUGGUGUCACAGAAGAUACACAUGAAGAGCAUGCCAUUAUCUCGGAUGUAUCCUCAGCCUUUCACAGCAAAAAUCUAUUAUCUAAUCCUUUGGAUGGAUUUCAAUCUUUUAAUUCAUCACAGACUGUUAAGCAAGAUAAAAGACACAGAAGAAGUGUUCAACAUCAAAGAAGUCACUCAGGGGAGAAGGCUCUUUCAUGCUCAGAAUGUGGGAAACAUUUUAACUCUAAAUCACAUCUUGUUAGACAUAAGAGAAUUCACACAGGGGAGAAACCAUUUUCAUGUUUAGUAUGCGAAAAACAUUUUAACUCUAAAUCACAUCUUGUUAGACAUAAGAGAAUUCACACAGGGGAGAAGCCAUUUUCAUGUUCAGAAUGUGGGAAAUGUUUUCAGCAGAAAUCAAUUCUUCUUAACCAUCAGAGAAUCCACACAGGGGAGAAGCCAUUUUCUUGUUUAGAAUGUGGGAAAUGUUUUACUGAUAAAUCAAAUCUUGUUAAACAUCAGAGAACACACACAGGGGAGAAGCCAUUUUCAUGUUCAGAAUGUGAAAAACAUUUUAACCAAAAAUCAAGUCUUGUUAUACAUGAGAGAACUCACACAGGGGAGAAGCGAUUUUUAUGUUCAGAAUGUGGGAAAUGGUUUCAGCGGAAAUCAUGUCUUCUUAACCAUCAGAGAAUUCACACAGGGGAGAAGCCAUUUUCAUGUUUAGAAUGUGAAAAAUAUUUUAACCGUAAAUCACAUCUUGUUAGACAUAAGAGAAUUCACACAGGGGAGAAGCCAUUUUCAUGUUUAGAAUGCGAAAAACAUUUUAACUCUAAAUCACAUCUUGUUAGACAUAAGAGAAUUCACACAGGGGAGAAGCCAUUUUUAUGUUCAGAAUGUGGGAAAUGUUUUCAGCAGAAAUCAAUUCUUCUUAACCAUCAGAGAAUCCACACAGCGGAGAAGCCAUUUUCAUGUUCAGAAUGUGAAAAACAUUUUAACUCUAAAUCAGAACUUAUCAGACAUCAGAGAAUUCACACAGGGGAGAAGCCAUUUUCUUGUUUAGAAUGUGGGAAAUGUUUUACUGAUAAAUCAAAUCUUGUUAAACAUCAGAGAAGACACACAGGGGAGAAGCCAUUUUCAUGUUCAGAAUGUGAAAAACAUUUUAACCAAAAAUCAAGUCUUGUUAUACAUAAGAGAACUCACACAGGGGAGAAGCGAUUUUUAUGUUCAGAAUGUGGGAAAUGGUUUCAGCGGAAAUCAUGUCUUCUUAACCAUCAGAGAAUUCACACAGGGGAGAAGCCAUUUUCAUGUUUACAAUGUGAAAAAUAUUUUAACCGUAAAUCACAUCUUCUUAGACAUAAUAGAACUCACACAGGGGAAAAGCCAUUUUCAUGUUCAGAAUGUGAAAAAAAAUUUAACUGUAAAUCGCAUCUUGUUAGACAUGAGAGAAUUCACACAGGGGAGAAGCCAUUUUCUUGUUAAG